ACAACAUCCACAUGGUCGAGCGCGCAACGUGAAACUUCACUUCUUCCGAGUUUGCCAACAGGUGCCACGUGAUGAUGGUAGAAUCAGCAACUGAGACCAUUCGAACGGUGUCCUCCAACCAAAAUGGAGUCAGCAGUCUAAGCAGCCAACCGGAUGCUGGAGGAAGAGAGGGCGGAUCCAACGGCGAUGCCAAUGGGGAGAUUAGCCCUGUUGAUUUACUGCACCUUCAACAGCAGCAGGCUCUUCAGGCAGCACGGCAGUUUCUUCUCCAGCAGGCCACAGGACUCACCUCACCUAGCAGCAACGAGGUCAAACACAGCCCCGUACAGGUUCCAGUGUCCAUGGCUAUGAUGACCCCACAAAUGAUCACUCCUCAGCAGAUGCAGCAGAUCCUCUCACCUCCACAGCUGCAGGCUCUGCUUCAGCAGCAACAAGCUCUCAUGCUGCAACAGUUGCAGGAAUAUUAUAAGAAACAGCAGGAGCAGCUGCACCUUCAGCUUCUCAGCCAGCAACAGCAAGCAGGGAAGCAGGCCAAAGAGCAAAUGGGCAACAAACAGCUGGCCUUCCAGCAGCAGCUGAUCCAGAUGCAGCAGCUGCAGCAGCAGCACAUUCUCAACCUACAGAGGCAAGGUCUUGUCGGAAUACAGCCCGGACAGGUUCCCAUCCAAGGCCUGCAGCAAGCAGCCAUGUGUCCCACGGACCUGCAGCAGCUGUGGAAGGACGUGGCGGGCAUGCAGACCACGGACGAGCCCAUCAAGCAUGAGGGCCUCGACCUGAGCACCAACAGCUCCAACUCUACCUCAUACUUGGUCUCCAAAGUCUCACCUCAGAUCCCCCACCAUCCUUUGCAAAAUGGACAGAACUCCAUUCACACUCCAAAGAGAGACAGUAGCUCCCACGAAGAACACACAGCUUCACACCCGCUUUACGGUCACGGAGAGUGUAAGUGGCCCGGCUGCGAGGCUCUCUGUGACGACAUGGGCCAAUUCAUCAAGCACCUCAACAGCGAACAUGCCUUGGAUGACCGCAGUACAGCCCAGUGUCGAGUGCAGAUGCAGGUGGUUCAGCAGCUGGAGAUACAGCUGGCCAAAGAGAGCGAGCGUCUUCAGGCCAUGAUGGCCCACCUUCACAUGCGCCCAUCGGAGCCAAAGCCUUACAACCAACCUUUGAACUUGGCCUCAAGUGGAUCCUUGCUGAAGCGGGACAGUGAUCCGUUUCCAGAGGGCCUCCCCCACCCUCCCACCUCAGCCGCGACUCCCAUCACCCCGCUGAGGCAGGGCCCGUCCGUCAUCAGCUCCUCCAGUCUACACGGAGUCGGCCCGAUCCGCAGACGCAAUUCUGACAAAUACUGCACCCCCAUCGCAUCAGAGCUCGCCCAGAAUUGUGAAUUCUACAAAAAUGCCGAUGUCAGACCUCCGUUUACAUACGCUUCCCUUAUACGACAUGCUAUUCUGGAGUCCCCUGAUCGACAGUUGACUCUCAACGAGAUCUACAACUGGUUUACACGAAUGUUCGCCUAUUUUAGAAGGAAUACAGCAACCUGGAAGAAUGCCGUGCGCCAUAACCUGAGCCUUCACAAGUGCUUUGUGCGGGUGGAGAAUGUAAAAGGUGCCGUUUGGACCGUGGAUGAAGUGGAAUACCAAAAGAGGAGACCACCAAAGAUGACCGGAAGUCCCACUCUGGUCAAGAACAUGAUCUCCGGACUGGGUUUCGGCUCGCUGAACGCCAGCUACCAGGCAGCACUGGCAGAGAGUGGUUUAAGCCUCCUGAACAGCCCAGCACUGGUAAACAACAGCAGCCUCAAUAUGCUCCAUGUGGGUCAUGAUGAUGUGAGCAGUACCGUGGAGCAGGUGAACAGUAACGGCAGCUGCAGUCCUGGCCUCUCACCCCAACAGUAUGGGCACCAUGUCCACGUGAAGGAGGAACCCGCAGAGCUGGAAGAGGACAGUCGGCCCAUGUCCCUCAUGGCGGCUGUUACUCAAAACCUGAGCCUGCCAGGCGAUGACCGUGACAUGGAUGAUGAGCUUCCUACCGAGGAGCUGGAGUAACACUGUGGGCUUACAGCCUGCCUGUCCAUUCUGCGCAAAAGGAACACAAAGAAAGAAGCAACCACAGGGUUGAGAAACCAAAACAGGGUGUAAACCUCACCGGUCCAUAAUGUAAAACCAUGGAUCAUGCAUCUUUUUAUCAUUUUAGUUCUUUUUUUUUACUUCCUUACUAUGUUUUGAAGUCCCAGAGACGAUCCCUUAGCCACUUCUGUGUUUUGGACUGGUGUUGGAGCAACCCUUUCGAUUUGAAACUGACGUGAAAUGUACAUGCUGAGAAACACCACAAGUCCCCAAAGCAUCUUACAGUCCUGUCUUACAAGCUUUAUUCUUAUUU